GUAUCUUGUCGGAAAUCCGUUUGAUGGAACUGUAAACGGUUGUUACCUCCCCGUGCUUUUACGGUGACAACGACGGUUGGCCGGCGGUUUAGCUUAGCAUAGCUUGAAUGUCAGCGUAGCUUUACGUUUACUCACUCAGAAGGUAGGAAAAUGAACCCGAGCGGUUUAUGAACAGCAGGUGCACGGGGAUACCACAGCACCUGCCGCCUCAGGCUGAGUCACUGCUGGUGAGGAGAAAGGUCUGGAGAGGGAACAAGAGAGGAGGUGGUGGAGGAGGAGGAGGGGGUAGAAGACGAAGAAAAAAGGGAGGGAGCGCAGGGAGAUAAGCAACAACAGGAAGCAAAAGGACACACGCGCUUACACAUCCAGGCUGUGUUUGUGUGUCUGAGAGGGAGACUGCGCGAACCAGAGGGUGAACGGGAAAGGAAGGAAGGGAGGGAGAGUGACGCUGAGGCUGGGAGAGCCGGCCCCCCCUCCUCCUCCUCUCCUCUCCUCUCCUCCUCUCCCUCUCUUUCUCUCCUCUCCUCCUCUCCUCCCCUCCUCCCUCUCUCGCUCUCUGUGGAGCAGGCGUGUAGCGGCAUCAGACUCGGCGUGAAGGAACCAUGAGCGAUGUCACCAUCGUUAGAGAGGGAUGGCUCCAGAAACGGGGUGAAUACAUAAAGAACUGGCGGCCGCGUUACUUCCUGCUGAAGACAGACGGCUCUUUCAUUGGCUACAAAGAAAAACCUCAGGAUGCCGACCUGCCCUACCCCCUAAAUAACUUCUCAGUAGCAAAAUGCCAGCUGAUGAAGACAGAGAGGCCAAAGCCAAACACCUUCAUCAUACGCUGCCUCCAGUGGACCACUGUCAUCGAGAGAACCUUCCAUGUGGACUCACCUGACGAGAGAGAUGAGUGGACGGAGGCCAUCCAGAUGGUGGCUGACAAGCUGCAGAGACAGGAGGAGGAACGGAUCCAGUGCAGCCCCACCUCCAACAUCGACAACAUGGUCGAAGAGGAGAUGGACAUCUCCACCACACACCACAAACGCAAGACAAUGAGUGACUUUGAUUACCUUAAGCUGCUUGGAAAGGGGACCUUCGGCAAAGUUAUUCUCGUCCGAGAAAAGGCAAGCGGGAAAUAUUACGCCAUGAAAAUCCUCAAAAAGGAAGUCAUCAUAGCCAAGGAUGAAGUGGCUCAUACACUCACAGAGAGCAGAGUGCUUAAAAACACCAGACACCCCUUUCUCACUUCAUUGAAAUAUUCAUUCCAGACUAAAGACCGCCUCUGUUUCGUCAUGGAGUAUGUGAAUGGAGGAGAGCUGUUUUUCCAUUUGUCCAGAGAGCGAGUGUUCUCAGAGGAGCGCACGCGCUUCUACGGCGCCGAGAUCGUCUCGGCUCUCGACUACCUGCAUUCAGCCAAGAUUGUGUACCGGGACCUCAAGUUGGAAAACCUGAUGCUGGACAAAGACGGCCACAUCAAGAUCACAGACUUUGGCCUUUGCAAAGAGGGCAUCACAGACGCUGCUACCAUGAAGACUUUCUGUGGCACGCCAGAGUACCUAGCACCUGAGGUCCUGGAGGACAAUGACUACGGACGGGCAGUGGACUGGUGGGGUUUGGGUGUGGUGACAUAUGAGAUGAUGUGUGGUCGGCUACCGUUCUACAACCAGGACCAUGAGAAGCUGUUCGAGCUCAUCCUCAUGGAGGACAUCAAGUUCCCGCGUACCCUGUCAGCCGAUGCCAAAUCCCUGCUGUCGGGCCUGCUCAUCAAAGACCCCAACAAACGGCUUGGUGGAGGACCAGAUGACGCGAAAGAAAUAAUGAGACACAGUUUCUUUUCUGGUGUUGACUGGCAGGAUGUCUAUGAUAAGAAGAUGGUCCCUCCCUUCAAGCCUCAGGUGACGUCGGAGACCGACACCAGGUACUUUGAUGAGGAGUUCACAGCCCAGACCAUCACUAUCACUCCACCAGAGAAAUUUGACGAGGACGGUAUGGACUGUCUGGACAACGAGAGAAGGCCGCACUUCCCUCAGUUCUCCUACUCCGCCAGUGGGCGGGAAUGAACUGUCCAUCAUGUUGACAUCAUCACAGCUGGUCUCUGAGGUCAUCAGUGUGG